UGUGAAAUGGAGGAGGAUGGGGGCGGGUGGACGGUUUUUCAAAGACGAAUGGACGGUUCUGUAAACUUUACCCGUACUUGGAGCGAAUAUAAAAACGGAUUUGGGAAUCUAUCAACUGAAUUUUGGCUUGGGAACAAAUACCUCUACAGUAUUCUACGUCAAGGAAAUUACGAACUUAGAAUGGAUAUGAGAGACUUUGAAGGAGAUUCAAGAUUUGUCAAAUACAAGAACGUUAGUGUUGGCAACGGCAGAUCUAAAUAUAGAAUGAAUAUAUCUGGAUACUCAGGAAAUACAGGAGAUUGCUUCACCGCGGGAAACACAAUUCACGAUAUGAGGUUCUCAACAUGGGAUAAGGAUAAUGAUAAUUCUGACGGAAUCUGUGCUGUGGCAUACAAAGGCGGAUGGUGGUACAACAAAUGUCAUGCUUGUAAUCCAAAUGGACUGUAUCUUCGUGGACCAAAUCAACAGCAUGCAAAGGGAAUAACUGAUCAUGCCUGGCGAGGUCACGACUACUCACUCAAAGGAAUCGAAAUCAUGGCUGACACUGUCCACAAAAUGACUUAUGACACUGGAAUAUCUACAUUCUGUGAUAUCAAGCACUGCUCUGAUAAUCAACCAUGUCAAUAA